UCGGCAGUGAAUUAGUGAGACAAGUGAUAAUGAUAUGGAAAUAUCUUGCAUCUUCUUGUCUCUUUGAAUCAUACAAAACUUGAAUAAUAAAGAAAAUAAUAAUAAUAAUAAUAAAAAGGUAGGAGAAAAAAGGGAUCUUAAACGAAAUAUCCUUGAGAUCAUCCCAGCCCCACACAACACAAACACAAAAGACAGUUAGUUACACACACAGGUGAACUGAAACUGAAACUGAAACUGAAACAAGAACAGAAUCAGAAUUGAGUUCCAAUAAUCAUAAUCAUGAACUGUCUUCAGAAUCUUCCCAGAUCCUCCUCAGUUUUACAAUUCCACACACUUGUUUCUCCUCCUUCUACUGCUCGCCACCACAACAUCUUUCUUCCUUCAUCUUCUUCUUCUCUAUCCCUGGGAAUCAACACUAACUCUAUUUACACUCCAACCAUGCUACUUAAGGCUACUUCUGGUUCUAUACCAAGUGCAGAGACAAGUAGCUCUGAUGUUGAGGAGGAGGUGAAAUCUGAGAUAUACAGUAAUAACAUGACAGAGGCCAUGGGUGCUGUUUUGACUUAUAGGCAUGAAUUAGGAAUGAACUACAACUUCAUCCGUCCGGACUUGAUUGUUGGAUCAUGCCUGCAGACUCCUGAAGAUGUUGAUAAACUGCGUAAAAUCGGAGUGAAAACUAUAUUUUGCUUGCAACAAAACUCAGAUCUAGAAUAUUUUGGAGUUGAUAUUGAUGCCAUACGAGAAUAUGCCAACUCAUGCAAUGACAUUCAACACUUGCGUGCUGAGAUAAGGGACUUCGAUUCAUUUGAUUUACGGAAGCGGCUUCCAGCUGUAAUUAGCAAAUUAUAUAAGGCAAUUAAUUCUAACGGAGGUGUGACAUAUAUACAUUGCACUGCUGGCCUUGGAAGAGCUCCAGCUGUUGCGUUGGCAUAUAUGUUUUGGGUUCAGGGUUAUAAACUCAAUGAGGCUAAUACACUACUUCUGAGCAAAAGGUCAUGCUUUCCAAAGCUGGAUGCCAUAAAAAGUGCAACAGCCGAUAUUCUUACUGGCCUCAGUAAGAAGCCUGUCACGUUGUCGUGGGGACACCGCAAUUGCUCUACGGUGGAAAUUUCAGGACUUGAUAUUGGAUGGGGGCAGAGAGUUCCCUUAAAUUUCGAUGACAAACAGGGUUCAUGGUUUCUCAAGAAGGAAAUGUUUGAAGGGCGCUAUGAGUACAAGUACAUUGUUGAUGGAGAAUGGACAUGUAAUAACGAUGAGCUUGUAACCUCUCCCAAUAAAGAUGGCCAUGUCAACAAUUUUAUCGAAGUCCUUGAUGACGCGGACAGUGGCCGUGCCUCCCUUCGGGAGAGAGUGACUGGUGAUGAUCCUGAUCUCACGAAGGAUGAACGAAACAGAAUAAUAGAGUUUCUGGAAGCACUUCCCAAUGAGGAUCUCUGAACCAUCAAUGCACUUGCUUGUUGAUGUGUAAAGUAGUAGAUGCAAGUAUAUAAUGUACUUUAUCUAAUAAAAGAUUGAGUCUGAACAUCACUUAGGCUCUCUGUUACAGUUAGUGUAAAUUUAGGAUGCGACAGCUUAUUGAUUUUCUUUCUUAGCAAUCAAAUGUCUGUAGCAUUCUUUAACUAGUACAACACUUCCAAUAAACCAUGCACAAAUAAAUGAGUUAAAUUGUUACUCCCUCUGUUCCUUUUUAA